CAAAGACUGUGGCGUGGAAGAGCUGAUCAAAUGGGGUUCAAGAAGGGCCACGGAGGACACUGGUCAGACAAGAACAAGAACGUGAUGUGAUCCGAUUGUGAUGUGUCAUAGCUCGUGGGAUUCUCUGUUGUAUGCGCUGAUCCAUCCGUCAGGGAUGCCCGGCGACGGAAUGAGGCCAAGAGGAAGGCCUCAGAGGAUAUAUGGCGUCCCUCAGGGAAAGCAGCGGCGCCCAAGAAGAGGACGCGCAGACAACAGGCGCACUCAGGUCGGUCAGAAUCAUCCGCCAGCACCGACUACUGUACGACCAACCACAACGGGUGUGCAUUCAUUGGGCUUGGUUCGUUGGUGCGCUCUUCUCACAGAGCCGGCGGCCAGCGUGGCUGAGUCAGACCAGGUCAAAGUCGAGCCUCAGUCGAGUGCGGCUGCGGGCGAGUCGAGCGGGCAGGGCCAGGCGCAGCGUUUGGGUGAGGUAGAGCGAGAGUUGGUGUGUUCGUACCGGCCUGAUGAGCCCGAGAGUUUGGACAUGCGGGCGGUGGACUUGUACUUGAAGCACGGCCUGGGGUCUGACCAGGUGCCCGCCCCCGACCAGCUCAUCUACCCCUAUCGCAACUUCAUCUUGGCCGACGGUAGGUACACCACACACACACACACACACACACACGCACACUCGACUGGCAUAGAUGUGUGUGUGUGUGUGUGUGUGUGAUGAUCAUUGUUCUGUUCAGAGCAGUCUGGUGUGAGUGUGUGUGUGGAGGCGUCGGAUGAGAUGCGUGGCGUGACGGUGGCCGAUGUGGCCUUGUCCCUCGUAGCCCAGAAAUUACCGUGAGUGAGAAGGAGAGAGUCCCACAGACAGACACGCACAUACGCUGCAAGCAACAGAGAGAGCGGAAACGAUACUGCACCCACUCGCCGGCCUUGCCUGCGUCUUUCGAUCGUCGUCACAGGUGUCUGGCGGGCGCGUGGCGCCAGAAUCGGGGCCGUUACUCCAUCACCGACAAGUCGAAUAGAUGAGAAAACAUCACUGUGAGCGCACGCAAGCAUGAUCACACGCAUCACAGCUCUUGACCUGUACAUCAACACGGUGACCACAGCUCUUGUGUUACCUUGAUGUGCGGGUGUGUGGUGAGUGUUUGCAGUGCAGACCUCUCAACGGUCCCCCUUGUCGAUAGCUAGCUGGUCAGUCAUGUUGAUGUGCUUGUGCGCUCCGUGUGUGUGUGACAAUGAUGCUGUAUGCUGCUGCUAAUGCGUGGUUGCAUUUCGCUCCGUGAUCAUGUGCGUGCAGUGUAAUCAAUCGGUGGCUGGCUGUCCAUGUAUGGCGCUCAAUGCAUUCAAGACGCUAUGCUCCGCACGCAU